GAGGAGCAUAUACAUAUAUUCCGUCUUUGCCAUUAACUCGCUCUGUAUGUGCCAGUUUUUGAGGCGAAUUUAUGGGUCUAACAAAACCGCACUUGCUUAUUACACUCACGUCAUAGAACACGUUUUGUCCAUAGGGUCCUUUGAUUUUGCCCAAAUUAUCCAUGCCCAGCUGAUAAAGGUUGGUUUCAAUAGAAUAACUUUUCUGGGUAAUCGUUGUCUUCAACUAUACUUCAAAUUUGGUGCCGUUAGUGAUGCUUUGAAGGUGUUCGAUGACAUAAGUACCAAAAACACUAUAUCUUGGAAUAUUUGCUUGAGUGGAUUGUUCAAGUUUGGUUAUUUUCAGAGGGCAUGCUCAUUGUUCGAUAAAAUGCCUGUGAGAGAUGUUGUUAGUUAUAAUUCGAUGAUUUCGGGUUUUGCUUCUUGUGGGCUUAUCGAUUAUGCAUUUGGGAUUUUUUUGGAAAUGCAAAAGCUGGGCGUGAGACCCAGUGGGUUCACUUUCUCAAUUUUAACAUCAUUUGUGUGUUGUGGUCGUCAUGGGAAGCAAAUUCAUGGUCGCAUGAUAAGGAGUGGUGUUAAUUUGUCGAAUUUGGUGCUUGGGAAUUCAUUAAUUGACAUGUAUGGAAAGCUUGGUCUUCUUCAUUACGCUUUGGGUGUUUUUAUGACUAUGGAAGAGGUGGAUAUUGUCUCGUGGAAUUCAUUGAUUACUUCUUGUUGCAAGUCAGGCCAUGAAGAGUUGGCCUUGAAGCAGUUUUACUUGAUGAGAUCUGCUGGCUACUUACCUGAUGAGUUUACGAUUUCUACUGCAAUUGCUGCAUGUACUAAAUUGGGAGAUUUGGAUAAGGGUAACCAAAUGUUUGCUUUCAGUCUCAAAGUGGCAUUCCUUUCUAAUUCAAUUGUUCUGAGUGCUAUUAUUGAUCUUUUCUCCAAAUGUAACAGAUUGGAAGAUUCAGUUCAGCUCUUUGAAGAUGUUGAGCAAUUAGAUUCUGUGCUUUGCAAUUCUAUGAUCUCAGGCUAUGCAAGGCAUGGUUUGUGGGAGGAUUCAUUGCGAACUUUUUUGCUAACCUUUAGAGAGGGUUUGAGGCCUACUGAUUUCACACUUAAUAAUGUUCUGAGCUCUACUUCUCUUCUUUCAACUGAGCUGGGAAGUCAAGUUCAUUCUUUGCUGGUCAAGUUAGGCUUUGAGUCAGAGGCAAUUGUAGCUACCUCACUUGUGGAUAUGUACACUAAAAUUGGGUUAAUUGACUGUGCCAUGAAGAUUUUCUUCCAAAUGGAUGUAAGAGAUCUGAUAUCCUGGAAUACAUUAAUUUUGGGCUUGGCUAGAAAUGGCAGAUACUUUGAGGCUUUGGGUACUUUUAAGGAACUAAUCAGAAGAGGUUCACCACCUGAUCGAAUAACACUUGCUGGUGUUCUAUCAGCUUGCAGAUACGGUGGUUUUGUUGAUGAAGGAAUGAGUAUAUUUUCGUCAAUGGAGGAAGAAUACGGAGUUGAACCCUGUGAUGAGCAUUAUGCUUGCAUUGUCGACUUGCUCUGUCAAGCUGGUAAACUAAAAGAAGCAAUUGACACUGCAGAAGCAAUGCCCUCUCAACCUAGUUCUUUUGUUUGGGAACCAAUACUUAUUGCUGCAGCAACUAUUGGCGAUCUGAAUCUCAUUGAAAGAGUAGCAGAGAGAAUGAUGACAUCUGAACCGCAGUCCUCUUUACCUUAUUUACUGUUGGUAAAGGCAUACGAAAUGAGAGGCAGAUGGGAAGGUAUGAUACGAGUGAUGAAGGCCAUGAAGCAGAGGGGUCUGAAGAACAUUACUGGCUGCAGUUGGAUUGGAAUAAAAAACAGUAUAUUUGCAUUCGAGGCAGAUCAGUUAGAGUAUCCAAGCGGCCAAGAGAUAUAUGUUAUUUUGAGAUUGUUAAGUUGGGAGGUGGGAGAGAAAGACAAUAUCCUUCUACACAAUGAUUAAGUGGGUUCUAGGAGAAACCAAGAGUUGAGCAAGAUCCCAGAACAAAACUGAGAUAUUAUUAGGUAAGUUGAAUUAUGUAAAUAAUAAAAAAAAAAAAUUGCAAUUUCAUAUCUACUUCUAUACCUAACUGACGAGCAGGAUGAGUACCAAUGUAGCAGAAGAAGCUAUAGCUGAUUUUGGUUGCUUGAAACUGAAAAUGAACUUACGAAACUGAC